CUGCCAGAGUCUCAUUCCGCCGCUGUCCAGUUUACCGGAGGAGGUUCAGUCCAGCAGCUCCGCUUUACUUUCAUUCGGAAUUAGAAUUUAGAUUUCUUUUCAUAAAGUAUUUUUAUUUAACUAAAUAAAACGAACGCGCUGCCUUCUUUAACGCUCAUCUAUCGUAUUUUUUCCCAGAAAAGAAGGAGCCAUUUUUUUUUUUUUUGCCGUCUCAGAUCAUCCGGUUGUGCUAACAAAGAAGCUAGUUUCUCUUCAGCGAUAAUCCCCAAAAUUGUCUUUAGUUAUGAGUCAUGUGGUCGUUGAUGCUCCGCACGGUCUGGAUCAGCAGCUCGCUGUGCUAGACUUGAACGCUGACGGUCAGGGCGGAGGAACUGGCAGGCGCUACAUUCCACCUCACCUGAGGAACAAAGAUGCAGGGAAAAACGCAGGAAAUUGUUAUCCCGCUGCUAAACAGUGCGGUUAUUCAGUGGCGCCUCUAAAUUUCUAUGGCCUCAAGCUGCAGCAGCGGUGGCAGGCUGAUGGUCAGCAGGCUCAGGGUGGCAGCUGUCCGUCAGGAUGGGAGGACGUUACCGCCGGUUACCCCCCUAUGGCCUCCCAGGAGCUGGCCUUCUACCAUGCCUUCAGCGGCGGCUGGCGGAGCAGAAGCGACUCGCCUGGAUGGGACGGAGGACGCACCAACGGAUCCGUGAAUGGUUUCCAUGACAACCGUGCUAAUGGGGGGUUUGGAGGCCGCGGACCCCCUCGCAACGACAGAGGUGGGCGUGGCGCCUACCGUGGUAACAGGGGUGGAGGCUCCUUUAAUCAGCCAAUGCAGAGUUCAGGCUUUGGAGGCUACGAGAACAAGGAGGGGGGCUGGGGGGGGGCUCCCAGAGACGCUGCCUACAACAGCUUCGGAGGACGCAACGAUCGCUCCAAGUCUAACUUCUACAGCGACCGCGGCGCCGGCUCCAGGGGGAGAUACGAGCGCGGAGGAUUCGGUGGAGGAGGAAACAGCCGCUGGGUGGAGGACUCCAGAGAGGACGACUGGUCCAAGCCCACAGCGCCCAACGAGCGUCUGGAAAAUGAGCUGUUCUCUGGAAGCAACACGGGGAUAAACUUUGAGAAGUACGAUGAUAUUCCUGUGGAGGCCACCGGGUCCAACUGCCCGCCGCACAUCGAGAGCUUCCAUGAUGUGGACAUGGGGGAGAUCAUCAUGGGGAACAUCUCCCUGACCCGCUACACCAGGCCCACCCCGGUCCAGAAGUAUGCCAUUCCCAUCAUCAAGAACAAGAGAGACCUGAUGGCGUGCGCCCAGACUGGCUCCGGUAAAACAGCCGCCUUCCUGCUGCCGGUUCUGAGUCAGAUCUACACCGAAGGUCCAGGAGACGCUCUGCAGGCGUCCAAAAGCAGCGGACAGGACAACGGACGGUACGGCCGCCGGAAGCAGUACCCCAUCUCCCUGGUCCUGGCUCCAACCAGAGAGCUGGCCCUGCAGAUCUACGACGAGGCCAGGAAGUUUGCUUACCGCUCCCAUGUGCGUCCCUGCGUGGUGUACGGCGGCGCCGACAUCGGCCAGCAGAUCCGGGAACUGGAGAGAGGCUGCCAUCUGCUGGUGGCCACACCGGGACGUCUGGUGGACAUGAUGGAGAGGGGCAAGAUCGGCCUGGACCACUGCAACUACCUGGUCCUGGACGAGGCCGACCGCAUGCUGGACAUGGGCUUCGAGCCGCAGAUCAGACGCAUCGUGGAGCAGGACACCAUGCCGCCUAAGGGCAUCCGCCAGACCAUGAUGUUCAGCGCCACCUUCCCCAAAGAAAUCCAGAUCUUAGCCCGGGACUUCCUGGAGGACUACAUCUUCCUGGCUGUGGGGCGAGUGGGUUCCACCUCAGAGAACAUCACGCAGAAGGUGGUCUGGGUGGAGGAGAACGACAAGAGGUCCUUCCUGCUGGACCUGCUCAACGCUACCGACGCCGCAGGCAAAGACUCGCUGACUCUGGUGUUUGUGGAGACCAAGAAAGGAGCCGACGCCCUGGAGGACUUCCUGUACCGGGAGGGCUACGCCUGCACCAGUAUCCAUGGAGACCGCUCCCAGCGGGACCGAGAAGAAGCUUUGCAUCAGUUCCGCUCCGGACGCUGCCCCAUCCUGGUGGCUACAGCGGUGGCGGCGCGAGGUCUGGACAUCAGCAACGUGAAGCAUGUGAUCAACUUUGACCUGCCCAGCGACAUCGAGGAGUACGUUCACCGUAUCGGCCGUACGGGACGUGUGGGAAACCUUGGUUUGGCCACGUCGUUCUUUAACGACAAAAACAGCAACAUAACCAAAGACCUGCUGGACAUCCUGGUGGAGGCCAAGCAAGAGGUUCCCUCCUGGCUGGAGAGCCUGGCCUAUGAACACCAGCACAAGAGCUCCAGCCGCGGACGAUCCAAGAGGUUCUCCGGGGGUUUUGGAGCCAAAGAUUACCGUCAGUCCUCCGGUGGUUCUGGAGGCUUCGCUGGAAACCGCUCAGGACGCAACACUGGAGGAAACCGUGGCUUUGGAGGUGGCUUCGGUGGCAACUUCUACAGCGACGGCUACGGAGGAAACUACAACCCCUCUGGGAGCGUGGAUUGGUGGGGGAACUAGACGCCAUAGGAAGAGGUUGUCAUGACAACCUGAUGGAAAC